AUGGGCUCUCACGCUCCUCCACACCACAACCACCACAACCACCACCCCCAGCACCCAGAUGCCGACCCCGCCCAGGCGGUCGACGGCCUGGUCCGCGCCAUCCGCGAUCUCACCUCGGACCCAAACUACAAGCUCGUCGCCGACGUCUUCAGUGAAUUCCUCUUCGUCAAGGAGCAAAACAACCAACUCAGCACCUCUCACCAAGUAUUACUGGAGGAAUACCGCAAAUUCCGCAAUGAGCUCGAAGACCAAAAGGAAAUCCUCGUCAAGGAGCGACGAGAGAUGGAGCUGGUCGUCCAGGAGAAGGUCCAGGAGAUCUUUCAGCUCACUGCCACCAGGACAAGGUUAGAGACCGACUUGGAAGCGACGCACAGAGCGUUGGAGGAGGAGAUCGAGGCCGCGACACAGGCGGCGGAGGCGGCGGCAAAGAAGUAUGCCGAUUUGAGGGAUCAAACGACGCUGGAGUAUGCCGAUCUUAAGGCGAGAAAGGAGCAGGAGUAUGCCGAUCUGGUGGACUUGAAGAAGCUUGAGUUGUCGGAGCUUAAGGCGCUCACGACGAAGCAGUAUCAGGACCUGGAGGCGGCGAAGCUUGCUGUGGAGGAGGAGAAGAAGACGAACGAGGCGGCGGCGGCGGCUGCUGCCGUGCUGGCUGCGGGAACGAUUGCUGCAUUGACCGCGGCGAAGGCCGAGUUGGAGAAGACGCUUGAGCAGAUCAAGGCCGACAAUGACGCUACGAUUCAGGCCUUGAAGGAGAAGGCGGAGGGGCUGGAGGCGGCAGAGAAGGCGUUGGAGGAAGAGCUGGAGGCUGCCAAGCAAAAGAUUGCCACUCUCGAGACAGCCUUGGAAGAGAGGAAUAAGGAGAUUUCCGGUCUCCAGGAGUCCCUCCGGGCCGCCGAAGAGCAAAUCACAUCCCUCCAGCAAACCCUGGAAGAAAAGAACAACGAGAUCGACGAGCUCCACGGUAAACUCACCACCGAGACCACCCGCGCGGAAAAGGCCGAGUCGGAAAACCACGACCUCCACAACCGCCUCGAAGACACCGAGCACAACCUUGAAGUAACCUCCAACAAGCUCGCCGACCUCGAACAGUACCGCAUCGAGCUCCAGCACGACAACGAAGACACCUACGUCGCCGUCCUCGACAAAAUCUGGACCACCAUUGUCACCCUCGUGGAGACCUCCUUCCGGCACGACAUCGACGACGCCAUCCUCUCCGACGCCUCCUGCUGGACCAACCUCCGCAGCUCCCCCUACCUCAAAAUGGCCACCCAGCUGCAAAUCCCCCUCCCCCAGUCCAACACCGCCGCCGCAAAAGGGAUGCGCAUCUCGGCCGUCCUGGCCAUCCUGUCUCGCGCCCUCCACAGGCACAUCUUCCGCCCCAACUACCUCCUCGAAGACGACGACGAACCCCUCCUCAAAUUCCUCCGCGCCCUCGAAGACGAUGACCCAGCCCGCGAAGCCCACUUCCGCGCCACCAUGCUGGCAAUGAUGCCAGAACGCCAGCUCGAACAAGCCGCCCGCCGCGUCAAGACGGUCGUCAGGGAAGUCUCCUGGGUGGUCCAGCACCUCCUAACCGCCCUCCAGUUCGAAGCGUUUUGCACCGGCCUCGAAGCCGCCUGCCGGCUGGCAUGCGAGCAGUGGAUGCGCAUCCAGGUAGCCAACAUGAAGAUAGAGCCUUACUUUGGCCCCCCCUACGACGACUACGACUGGCAGGUCCUGGACCUGCCCGAGUUUGCCGAGGCGAUUGAAAACGACAAGGCUGUCGAGACGGACGAAGAAGUUCCACCGACAAGCAUCGACGAAAGACUUGAAUCUGCGCUUGCAGAGGCGAGUAAAGUCCCCAUUCCGGCUUCGAUCAGAACGGUCAGUGCGGCUGGUACACUGCCGGGUGAUAAGCUCCUCGUCAACGACACCGACAACGGGAGCCUCCACUCGGCCCACGAGCAUGAAGACGAGUUCGAGGGCGAGGUGGACCCGGACGAGAUUCUGCUGGUCGUGUGGCCGAGCAUGUGCUGUGUCGAGAAUGGGGAGCUGAUGUCCAUCACGCAGGGGUUGGUGAUUUCAAAGGAGCAGGCGAGGCCGGCGCUGGAUGAGAGCAGGCCGCCUAGGCCGAAGCUGAUUGCGAGGCCGGGGUCGAGGAGGGCGAGGACGAUGAGCAUGCCUGCUGGUCAGAGCAGGAGCGGGAGUCCGCAGAGGGCCAUGACGGGGAAGGUGACGAAUCAUUUUAUGAUGAUGGCCAGGGAGUUGGAUUCGGCGGCGGCGGAGGAGGUGGCGUCGCAGGCUGCUUCGGCUACCUAA